AACAAAAAUAUUAGUAAUAAAUUAGUUGAAAAUUAUAACGAUAUUAUAGAUUCUUCUAAAGAAUUAAGUGACUGUGAAGAUAUUGAUAUUGAUUUUUUAGAAGAAUUAAAUAAUAGCAUCAAUAUUGAUGAUAAUUUUUCAGAAAAGUUUAUUAGUAAUAACUCAUAUUCAGAAUGCAUGUUAAUAACAUUUUUAAAUGCUUCAAAUAGUUAA